GCCGUCGAGGACCAGAUCCUGUGCAAGGUGUCUCCCGACGCGCAGGUAGCAGCGGCGGCGGGCAAAGUCGAUGUUGCUGGUAUGCUGAUGGUUUCUUUGACCGGAGACGCUGCCAUCGCGGCGCCUUCUCCUGCGUUGAUGCUGCGCGUGGAGAAUACUUGCGAGCUCGGCGGCGUCCGCCAUUCCGUCACUGCCAGGGCAGAUUGGGGCGCCGCCGAGUUGGAGGUGACGGUGGCCGGCACUGAAGACACUGCUACGCAUCGCGUCGCCUCGUUUGAGGCACACGAAGCAGAAGGAGACGUCUCCGCCGACCAGAGGACGCAGUCUGGCCACUGCGUGGCCUUCGUGCACUCGGACGACGACUGGUUCAAGAUGAACGACGAUAAGGUGAUCAGGCUCAGCGAGCCACCAGAUCAUUUCCCGUGCCUCGUCCUCCCGACGCGCGUCGACACGCCGACGGGCAGGCUACUGCGCGGCAAGCAGGCGCGGGCUGACCCUCGCACCAUGCUGGAUCUCUUGACCAGCAAGGUUGCGGAGGCCGUAUUGGUGAGACGGACCCGAUCCGCAGGUAUGAGCAUACUCAUGAGCUCUGACGCAAGGAACCUACGGAAAAAGGUCAAGAUCUGGGACAUGCGGGCGCGGCACACUCAACCUGUGCCAUGUCAAGUCUGCCAGGGCGCAGAGUUCAUCUGCAAGGGCGACUGGCUCGAGCACGUGAACAAGGAGCACGGGGGGGAACAGAGGUACCGCAAUGCCCUCUUCGCGCUCGAGUCGCUGUGCCCGCGCAAGACCGCCGGCCAGGAGAUGAGGCUCAUCAUCAGCAACUUCACGGAGUUCUACACUCGCGGAGCCAUGGGCUGGGACGGGUUCUCGGAAGAGAUGACGGGGCAGGAAGUGGACCUGGCCGGGCCGGGCUGUUUCAUGCAGGCCCCAGAGGCCGUGGCCGUGCUGCUCGACCCAGAGACGUGCCACGAGGAGCGCAGGCUCGUGCUCCUCCACAAGCGCCGGGUCAAUGAUGCGCAAGCCAGCGGGCACGAGAGAGUGAACGUCUGCCAGGAGUGUUUCGACAACUUCAAGAAGAACCCCCCCGCGAUGUGCAAGUACGCCCUGGCGAACCACAUGUGGAUUGGCCGCUGGCUCCCGCUGUUCCGAGACACGACGCAGGCCCGCGAGAUGCUGCUCGCCCUGGCGCGGGUUGUUGCCACCAAGGUUGUGCUGCGGCCAGACCGGCGCUCCAAGGCCUUGACGCGAUUCCCGACCCCUGAGCUGGGGAAGUCUUUUGCCGUCAGUUUCACGGGGCCGCCCUCCCAGGGCGACGAGCGCCCUGACGAGGCCCAGCGCAGGGGCCGCGCCCGCGUCAGCCGCAUCGCUCAGCUCCAGAUCGAGAAGUCUGUGUUCGACGCCCAGGCGGCCUACCUUCGGAAGACCAACGUCGUAUACGCCGAGACCACUUACGACGCCGACCUGGUGGCCCAGUGGUGCCCGGCGGGCGAUGAGAAACAGGUGCCGCCCCCGAUCUCGGACCCCGCUGUGGGGGCCCCCAUGGAAACCGACGACCCGGGCGCGGUCCUGCCCAGCGGGCCCAGGGACGCCGCGGCGGCGGGGCACGCCGACAGGAUCGACGAGGACGUCGCGCUCGAGCGCCAGUCCAGAGUGGUGGCCGCCGUCCACCCCGAUGACAUCCCCGGCGCCAAGGCUCACGAGAGCUGCAUGCAGAUCACAGGCCUGCAGCAUCAGCUGGAAGAGCUCGACGCCGCCGCAGCGCGAUCGGUGGCGGCGGAAGCGGAGUCCGCCCUGGAGUCGCAGUUGGACGGCAAUGACUCCUGCCUCCAGGACGAGGCCGGCCGAGAGCGCAGACUUGAGCAACGCGCCAAGGUUCGGAAGUUCGCGCAGAAAGCCACGAGCGAGCAGUCGCAACACAAAAUGAUCGCAGAGCUGCAGUGGCUUCUCAGUGGCGUCGGUUAUCAGGCUGCUCCGCCCGUGGCGCCCAGCACGUCGCAGCCUUCCGACGCCGUCGCCGCGUCCGCCUCGACCACUGUGCCUCGCCUGCAGGUCGCGCGUGGCAGCAGGCCGUCUUCUCUGUUCAACUGGGAAGCCAUGACGCAGGAGCUGGAGCACACGGUGGACGGAGAAGACGAGCAGUGCAAGGUGGACCCGGAUCUUCCGUCCAAUCGUUUCGCCUCCGAUUGGCUCGUCCCUCAUCUGUUCUCCUCCAUCUACUGGCUCACGGAGCGCCACGCGUCGCAGUGCGACUUCCUGAAAAGCGGCGGCAUGAGGAGGGGGAAUGCCUGCAUGAUCUUGUUCGGCGAGCCUGUGGUGUUCUGCGCUCCAAACCUCGCGGACACGAAGCAGCCGCUGCUCCUCGUCGUCCAGGGGGUCGAGAUUCGUCUGGGAGGCAGUUUUGUCGCGGGCAACGAGACCCUGCCGAAGUAUCGCGACAUGAUGAAGAGGCUCGCCGGAGACCCAGUGGGUCAGACGAUCGUGUUCGACAAGAUGAUGAAGCUGUUCUUCAUACACGUACUGGCAGCACGACCAGAACUCUUGGAGCAUCGGCGUCGCGCGCGGCCCUCUGCCGAUCAGUGCACGGACGGCGUCGCGGCUUCUUCUUUCGGGCCGGGCAUCUUCGGCCCCGUGCUUGCUUUCCUCGGGGAGAUCGAAGCGCAGGGCAGGGGCUCUCUACAUCCGCACAUCCUUGUGUGGUUACUUGGCAUAAAAGCAGCGGACGCAUUGCCAAUGCUGCAGCGAGACACUGGCUCCCUGCAGACGCGCCUGGCGACCUGGAUGAAGCAGUGCGCGUCGUCCAUGCAGUCGACUUGCCAGAGCUCCGUGAUGAGAGCGCCCCAGAGGUUUGGCCACCUCGACCAGGUCGCGGAACCGCUCCCGUUUUCCAAGACAGGGCGAAGUUUGACCAGGUACGACGGAGGCAGUGAGAUCGACGCCAUGCGCGACGAUCUUCAACGAGACAGCGUGGAACCAACGGAGGAGCAGAGUCGUCUCUUCGAGGACGCGGCCGAAAAGGCAGCGUGGAGCAGACCCGAGUUGCCCCUCAAAGCCAAGUCGGUCACGCAGUCGAGCGCGGCAGGGGACGGCGAGCCGGGGCCCGGAUCCACGUGCUCCAAGGUCGUCGCCGAAUUUGCCGUAUUCAGGUGUCCGGACCAUCGCAGACGCGGUGCGCUUCAUCGCCGCGGUGAUCUCAGCGCUGGCGAGCAGAGCCCGCACUUGUGGGAGCAGGCUUUCACGGAGGACGCGAGGUCGUUGGCUGAGGAGAUCCUGGUGCACGUGCGCGGGGAGAGCUGCUUCAAGUACAGCGGCGACAAGGUUCAGAAACUGUGCAGGCAUGGCUACCACUACAUCAUCAGCUUACCAGGCUGGCAGAGACGACGGCAAGGGAAGCAUCUCCGCAACGCAGUCGUCGUCGUGGGCCAAUCUGAACACGGGAUGACAGGCAGACUGCUUUUGAACCUGGAGCACCCUGUCGAGUGCCUUACCAACUACGCCGGGCUCGAUUGCAUGCGAUGCAACCUGGACGUGCAG